AUGAAAUAUUCAAAUACAGUCCUGAUUAUUCUGAUCUAUCUAGCGAUUUUCAUAAAUCGAACACAGCAACAAACAACCGUCAACAUAACAAUAACAACAUGUAAUGAUUUUUCAUGCAAUCUUCGGCGAACUCCAUGUUCAACUAAUCUUGACUGUGAAUGUUUUGCUCCAGCAUCGAAUUCCAGCACAGGCAUUUGUGCUUCAGCAUUGAUAUCUUGUUCAAGCCUUCCGGCUUGUGAUAUGAAUAAUCGAACAUGUUCUUAUAGCGGUACAAUAUGUGUGCAGAAUACACGUUGCGGUGAACCAGUUUGCUAUCCAACACUUCUAGCAAGCACUUUGAUUUGUCCACCUCUACCGACAACGACAACAAGCACGACAAGUACCACUAGCACCUCAAGUACGACUAGUACCUCAAGCACGAGUAGCACUAGUAGCUCGACCAGUUCCACCAGUUCCACCAGCUCCACUUCUUCUACUAGUACCACUAGCACAACGAGUACAACUAGCACAUCAAGUACGACUAGCACAUCAAGCACAACACAACAAGUACGACUAGCACAUCAAGCACAACUAGCUCUACUAGUUCCACCAGCUCCACCAGUUCUACUUCUUCCACUUCCAGCACUUCCACGAGUACCACCAGUGCCACCAGCUCUACUUCUUCCACUUCUACUAGUACCACUAGCACCACCAGUGUCACUAGUGCCACCACUUCGACUAGUUCCACCAGCUCUACCUCUUCCACUUCUACUAGUACCACUAGCACCACCUCUUCUACUUCCACCACGUCGACUAGUUCCACCAGCUCUACGUCCGCCACUUCUUCUACUUCUACGACAUCCACUAGCUCCACCAGCUCGACCAGUUCGACUAGCUCUACUAGUUCGACUAGCUCCACUAGCUCUACCAGCUCCACUAGCUCCACCAGCUCUACCAGCUCGACUAGCUCCACUAGUUCUACCAGUUCCACUAGCUCCACUAGUUCAACUACCUCAACAAGCACAACGAGUUCUACAUCAAGUACGUAGAAUUUCACCGUUUCUACCGACUAGAAGGCCGGUGUUCAACACUCUAUUGGUUAUUUUUUUAUNCGGUUAUCAAGACGAGUCGUUGGUACCGUUAGAAGAGUCAGUUUCUCCAGUGACUCACCUGUUCACAAAUUUGGCUCAAUACAUUUGGAUUGCAAAACGCAAUUGCCAGAAACCAUUGGGCGAUCUAACACAAGAUGAAAGUGCUGCUAUUUAUUUGUACACAAUGCAGUUCCCACGAGAGCAAAGCUUAUAUUUAAUUCUAAAUCGUUUUCUACGAACUGAAAAUCGUGAUGCACUCACUCCUUGGUUCAAAUACUUGAAGUUAUUCCUCACAGCUUUAUUUAAAUUGCAAUCGGUUCGCGCUACUGUUUGGCGAGGUGUACGAGGAGAUGAUCUUAGCGAUCAAUAUCCCACUGAAAAGACAAGUUUUCUUGGUAAAACUGGAGUUCGAACGUUAUUUUCUAUUGAAUGUCUUAACGGAAAGUCGAUCAAACAACAUUCGUAUUUUAGUAAGAGUGAAGAAGAAAUUGUUUUAAUGCCAGGAACAUUCUUCAAAGUCGUUGGUCAGGUAAAUCCUGCAGAAGGAUUACAUAUUAUUCAUCUAAAAGAAAUUCAGCCACCAUUUGUGUUGUUGAAACCGCCAUUCGAUGGACCAGAGCAGGUAAAAUCUUCGUUGGAUUUGCAUAAAUUGCAGAAAGCACCGAGACUAUGCAUAGUGAAAGAAUCAUGUGUUUCUACCUUAGCUGCCAGCGAUCAAUCGCUACUAUGUUGUUCGUCGGAAUCUUUGACGCUUAUGAAUGUACAAGAUCAAAGCUUAUUUACGGUUAAGCAAAGUUUUGCUAUUCUUGACGUGUGCUGGUCAUCUUGUCUCCGCCAAUUUCUUAUUUUAUCUGAUACGAAUGCACUCUAUUCAUUGUCUGAUCAAACAAGAAAAUUGUCAAAAUAG